AGUUUUUUUCAUUGUGAAUCUAAUCAAACUCCAAUUCCAAACUUUCGAGAUUUUCUCUCAACACAGAAAAACAAAAUUCAACUUGAAAAUUUUUCAUCAUCAUCAUUCUGAAGUCAACUUUGAUAUUGACAAAGCAGCAACAGUAAAAAAAACCCAGAAAAACUGACCAAAUAAACAACAAUAAUGGAACAAGCCGAUGUACAAACACAAGCAAGUCUUAUUGCACAAUUUAGUGUACUUGAUUAUGCAAUUGUUGUUAGUUUGAUUGGUAUAACAACAUAUUGGUUAUUAUCGAAGAAAAAAUCACAACAUGAUUUUGAUGCAAGUUCAAUCAAAACAUUUGCUUUGGAGCCAUCGCUUCAAAGAUCACAAAGUGAAUCUGGAUUUAUUUCCAAAAUGAAAUCCGGUUCAAGAAAUAUGAUCGUAUUUUAUGGAUCUCAAACCGGUACGGCUGAAGAAUUUGCUGCACGUUUAGCUAAAGAAGCAACACGUUAUGGUAUGAAAGCAAUGGUAGCCGAUCCUGAAGAAUGUGAAAUGGAAGAUUUACCAAAAUUACAGGAAAUUGAAAAUUCAUUGGCAGUUUUCUGUGUAGCUACUUAUGGUGAAGGUGAUCCAACUGAUAAUGCACAAGAAUUUUUUGAAUGGCUUAAUGGUGGUGGUGCCGAAUUGAAUGGUCUUCGUUAUGCUGUUUUUGGUUUGGGUAAUAAAACCUAUGAACAUUAUAAUAAAGUUGGUAUCGAAUUGGAUGCUAAACUUGAAAGUUUAGGAGCUGAACGUGUAUUUGAAUUAGGUUUAGGUGAUGAUGAUGGAAACAUUGAAGAAGAUUUCAUUACAUGGAAAGAAAAAUUCUGGUUAGCUAUUUGUGAAAAAUUCGGUGUUGAACGAUCAGGUGAAGAUAUUAACACUAGACAAUAUGAGCUUAUUAAACAUGAUGAAGAUUUACCACCGGAAAAGAUAUUUACUGGUGAAGUUGUUCGUUUAGGAUCAUAUCGUAAUCAAAAACCGCCAUUUGAUCAGAAAAAUCCAUUUUUGGCACCAAUCAUUGUUAAUCGUGAAUUGUAUAAAGGCGAACGAUCAUGUAUGCAUAUAGAGAUCGAUAUCCGUAAUUCAAAACUUCGUUAUGAAGCUGGUGAUCAUAUUGCUAUUUAUCCACAAAAUGAUACAAAAUUAGUUGAACGAAUUGGUGAACUUUUAAACGCUGAUUUGGACACUGUAUUUACAUUGAGAAAUUUGGAUGAAGAUAGUUCAAAAAAACAUCCAUUUCCAUGUCCAACUACAUAUCGUACAGCACUUACCUAUUAUUUGGAUAUAACAUCUACACCACGAACACAUGUGUUGAAAGAAAUUGCCGAAUAUUGUAGUGAUGAAAAAGAAAAAGAAAUGCUUAAAACAAUGGCCAUGCCAACGGAACAAGGAAAAGCAUUAUAUUCAGAAUGGAUAAUUGAUGAUUGUCGUAGUAUAGUACAUGUACUUGAAGAUUUACCAUCAUGUAAACCAAAAAUUGAUCAUCUGAUCGAAUUUCUUCAUAAAUUACAGCCAAGAUAUUAUUCAAUUUCAUCGUCACCGAAAUUUUAUCCAGAUUCCGUUCAUAUAACAGCCGUUGUUGUUGAAUAUGAGACAAAAACGUCUCGUAUUAAUAAAGGAGUUACAACAAGUUGGUUGAAAGAACAUAAACAGGUUAUUCCCGAUCAACCGGCACCAAUUGUACCGAUUUUUAUUCGAAAAUCACAAUUUCGUUUACCAAGCAAACCACAAGCACCUGUCAUUAUGAUUGGUCCGGGUACUGGUUUGGCACCAUUUCGUGGUUUUCUUCAGGAACGUCAUUAUAUGCUUGAACAACAACAAAAACCACUUGGUGAUACGAUACUUUAUUUUGGUUGUCGAAAACGUGCACAGGAUUUCCUUUACGAACAAGAACUAAUGGAUUAUAUGGAAAAGAAAGUGAUAACCAAAUUGUAUUUAGCAUUCUCACGUGAUCAGGAUAAAAAAGUUUAUGUUACACAUUUAUUGAAACAAAAUAUGGAAGAAACAUGGAAAGUAAUUGGUGAACAAAAUGGUCAUAUCUAUAUUUGUGGUGAUGCUCGUACAAUGGCACGUGAAGUAAAAGAAAUAAUUCUUGAAACAAUUGAAAAAUAUGGUAAUAAAACGAGAAAAGAAUCGGAAGAUUUUCUUAAACGAAUGGAAUCACAGAAACGAUAUUCGGCUGAUGUUUGGAGUUAAUCAAAGAAUCGGGAAGGAAAUUAAAUGAAAUGAAUAACUCAUUAUUAUCAUCAUCAUAAUCAUCAUUAUUAUUGGCCUAUUUCGUGAAUAUUUUUAUCUUUUGUGAUCAUUAU